ACGAGGUUGCAGGAAUGCAUACAUAACAACAUCUUAAAACAUUUGAAAGGCAUUAGCAGUGUGUUAAAAGAAACAAAUCAUAAUGUCCUCUCAGAAAGAUCUGCUGCCCACUACACUUUCCUCCCCUGCAUACAUGUUCCGUAGAACAAAAAGCAGUAGAGAUAGCACGGUGAUAUAUUGCACCUUUUGGAAAGGCUUGAGAUAACAGAACAUGUGCUAAUGGUUUACAAAUAAAGGAAAGUCAAACAUUUGGGCGUACGCUGCCAUAAAAGGUGGAUGAGUAGGUAAAAUAGACAAACAGUGGGUGAAGGGAUGUCACAGUGGUGCUGGUAGAGAGGUGAUUAUGGGAUAAACGGAGCAGGAUCUCACUCAUCUUCAUUUGCUUCAGUGCUGCAGUCAAUGGACUUUGUUCUUCUGUGGAAUGGGUGCAAAGCCGAGUGAAUAUGUUACCCAACUAGCUUGUUUAUAAGUCAUCCCUUUAAGCCUCACCGGGGAGGAGAGAGGGAGAGGAGGAGAAGGUAAAAGGGAUGACUUGGAAAGAAGAGGAGGAAACGGCAACAGGAGAAAAACCAGAGGAGCAAGAACAAGCAAAACUAAGCAAAGUGAAACUGGGACCUUCCAACAACAUAUUUUUAAAAACGUUUUCAGUGCUGUGGUGCAGCAGCAGCAGGGAUGUGGAUGGAUACCAAAGCAGAGGAGAAGGAGGCGAGCAGGAGUCGUGCCAGCCUUGGCCAACGUGUGUUGAACGGUCUGCUGUUCUUUACUGGGGAUAUGGAGCACUUAAAUAAGUACAUGCAAGACAAAGUGUUUGGGCUGCUGCUAGCGGUGUGGGGCCUGAGAGGGGUGUCCAGGGUGAUCCUAGCCAACAACCCGCUGAGUGGAGCUCUCAUCCUGGCUGCUCUGUGCUGGGCCUCCCCCUGGCAGGCCCUGCUGGGGACUCUGGGAGUACUGACCUCCACGCUAGCAGCUGUUAUCAUGGGCCAAGACGGUGCUGAGGUGUCAGGAGGUCUCCAUGGGUUUAACGGCAUGCUGGUGUCCAUGCUGAUGGGGGUGUUCAGCUCGGCUGGAGACUGGUACUGGUGGCUGCUGCUGCCCGCCUGCUUGGGCUCAGCUACAUGUGUGUUUCUGUUCAGCGGUCUCGCCCCGCUGUUGGACCGCUGGGACUUGCCUGUCGCGGUGUUUCCCUUCAACAUCGUCAUCGUUCUCUACCUCCUUUGUACCGGCCCGUACAACCCCUACUUCCCGCACCACCCGGCUACACAUGCAGGGCCGAUGGAGAUCAACGCCACUGAGCUCAUGGCAGUGGAGGUACUGCGUGGCAUCCCUCUGGGUGUGGGUCAGAUCUUUGCCUGUGGGGCUCUGGGGCCCUCGCUCCUCAUCCUGGGGGCCGUCCUGCUCUACUCCCCCCUGCUGGCCGCCCACGCUCUGCUGGGAUCAGCAGUAGGAACGUUGGCUGGGUUAUCCAUGGCCGUGCGUCAUGAGUCUCUCUACUCUGGUCUGUCGGGCUUUAAUGGAGCUCUGGGCUGCAUGGCUGUUGGAGGACUCUUCUUCACCUUCAACUGGAGGACGCAUCUCUAUGCCAUCGCCAGCGCUUUCCUCUCUGCAUAUGCUGACAUCGCUCUGAGUAAUCUUUUGGGAACGGUUGGUCUCCCAGCAUGCAGUUGGGCAGCUACUAUGAUAGCCACACUGAUGUUGCUGCUCACCGGCAGUUUAUCAACGUACCGCAUCCCCAUGGGUCAGGUGAUGUCCCCUGAACACAACCUGCGCUCCCGCAAACAAUGGAAAGCUGGGAAAACCGCAGAAGGGGAGAGCACUAAUGUGUAACGUAUUGUAUCAGUACUAAGUACACGAUGGAUGGAUUUUCGGACGGGUUGGACCAUAGAAUAUGCAUUUUUAUUAUAAAUGUUACAAAUAUAUAUAUUUAUACAGUAUAUAUGUUCUUAGAAAACAUUGCCAUUCAUCAUAGUAACACAUUUUGUCCACAAAGUGGCAGUGUUCAGCAACUAGAUUCUGAAAAUGUUGGGUACAUAUAAACCUCUGUAUUGAAGUUAAACUAUUUUUAUAAAAUAUAUAUAACAAUUCUUUCCAAGUUUUGCUACUUGUGUUAUUCCAUUAUGCCAGUUUUAACUCACCACAUUGCAUACAAAGCCAAAGAAACAGCCAAUUUGAAGGGAAAUAAAUCUUUUAAUAGGCAUGAAAUUAACAAGUCGGUUCAAUAAAAUCAAUCGUUUUUAAGCGUAAAUAAAAACACA